AUGGUUUCUUCUCUAUUCUAUCCACAUUGCAACAUCCGAAAAACAAUGCCAAUGAGUUGUUUGGGCAGAGACAGGGAUUCUAACAAACAAAAUAUUCCCAUCAUAAAAGUGAAUGGCCAUCAUUCAACCAUGUCCAAGAAGCUAGAAGUAGCCACCCAACAGAUUGAACCAGUACCAGCAGCAGCAGCAGAGGCAGCAGUUCAUGGCUACUUCUCUGAAGAGCAGAUUCGUCAGAACAUACCGAAAAAGAAGCAAUCAGUUGAUCCAUAUCGCCAAGGGCUUAUCACAGAGGGUGGCGUUGGUUACAGACAGACUGUUGUAAUCCGUUCUUACGAAGUUGGACCUGACAAAACAGCAACUAUUGAAAGCAUACUUAAUCUUCUUCAGGAAACUGCGUUGAAUCAUGUGUGGAUGUCGGGAUUACUUGGCGAUGGAUUUGGUGCUACACAUGGAAUGAUGAGGAACAAUCUCAUAUGGGUUGUAUCAAGAAUGCAGCUUGAAGUGGAUCAUUAUCCCAUUUGGGGGGAAGUAAUGGAAAUUGAUACUUGGGUUGGAGCAUCAGGUAAAAAUGGGAUGAGAAGAGAUUGGCUUCUAAAAAGUCAUACAUCUGGCCUAGUUUUCGCUCGUGCAACCAGCACCUGGGUUAUGAUGAACCAAAAAACAAGGCGUCUUUCAAAGAUGCCAGAUGAAGUUAGGUCUGAGAUUUCACCAUGGUUUGUUGAAAAGCAAGCAAUUGAAGAUGAUGCAAACGAGAAAAUAUACAAGUUGGAUGAGAAAGCUAAAUACAUCAAUUCUGAUCUAAAGACUAAAAGAAGUGACCUGGACAUGAACCACCAUGUGAACAAUGUGAAGUAUUUAAGAUGGAUGCUUGAGACGUUACCUGAUGAGUUCAUGGAGGAUAAUCAACUCUCGAGCAUCGUACUGGAGUACAGAAGAGAAUGUGGCAGUUCAGAUGUAGUACAAUCCCUCUGUCAACCUGAAGAAGAAGAAAUGCAUCACAAUAUAAAUGGUAUUCAAAAAAAUGGAUUUUCAGUGGGAUCACCAGCAGCAGGUAUCACUACUGAUGGAAUUCUUCCAAUCUCUCUUUAUAUGGAGGAAAAGAAACCACUAAAGUACACACAUCUACUCCAAGUUGAAGGAGCAACUAAAAAUGAAGAAAUACUUAGAGGAAGAACUUCCUGGAGAAGAAAGAGCUCCCCCAUUCCAUUUUAAAUGUAGAAAACCACUUCACAACAUCAUUCAACAAGCAUAAGGAGGUGAGCGAUUUGGUUUACCCGUCCAACGAUCAAGAAAAUUGAAAGCAAAAUAAGGAUUGCAUGAAACAGAGGCGGAAAAAAAACUAAAUUGCAACAGGAAGAUCCAUGCAUGGAAGCCAUUUACUAGAAAGUAAUGUUAUAAAACUAUAAAGUUUGUAAACCAAAAAAAAUAAUAAAUAGAAGAGAAAUACAUAUACCUUGAAAACUUUGUAAUCUAUUGACCUAAUAAAUUAGCAUUUACAACU